AUGAUUCCAAAACUAAGUCGAGAAAACACAAAUAGCAAUUAAAGUUGCCUUCCUAGACAUUUAAAUAUAUAGGGAUUUUAGAAGUUCAACAUAAAGUCUAACUCUCCAAGAACUUUAUAAGCUUGUUAAGAAUUAGGUAUAGAUCCUAUAGUUUUGGAAUUAAAGUAAGUAAAUAGAUUUAUAUAAGAGAAGAAUCUGAUUUCAAAUAGAAUGAACUUGAUGAAGAAAUAAUUUAACUUAGAUAUUAACAUUAUUUAAACAGAGCUCAUUGUAAAAAAUGAAUAAUAAAUAUUAUUAUAGAAUUGUUCACUGAAAUAACAUAAAGAAGAAAAGAAAUAAUUUAGAGACAAAGAUAGAAAUAAUUAAAUAAUAAUAAUGCAUCAAUUGAGUCUCUAGAUAGAUCAAAAACAAUUAAAUUAUAGUAAUCAUUAGAUUAAUGGGAGUAAGUUUAUUCAUAAAUAUAAGGGUUCGAAGAUAAAUAGAUUCAAUAUAUAAUAGAACUGUUUCAUUUUUGCAUUAAAAGAGUGAAUCUCCUACUAAAGAUUAAUUUAUAGGAGAUGUUUAUGAACUUAAUUAAUUGGAAGGGGGAAUUGAAAAGGAGAUUGAUAGAUACAAUAAGCAUAAAAAAUAAAAAAUUGUAAAUAAUUUUAUAUAUUAUCUAAAAUCUAGAGAGAAGCUUAACUUAAAUUAAAAGAAGAUGCAAAAAGAUUGUAGUUGAUAGAAAAGUGGAAAUAAAAAGAUUCAUAAAUUUUAGACUAAAUUUUGAAAAAACAAUAUGACUUUAAAUAAAAGAUGAAAAUUAGUGGAAGAAAAACUCCAUUACAAAAAAUGCCAUAAAUUACAGAUCCAAAAUCUUUUAAAAGAGAUAGUGAUACUAAAUUAGAUAAGUAAAUUAUCAAAUUUAAUUUAAGUGGAGAUACAUCAUUAUAAAAAACAAUGUACAGAACUAGAAUAGAUGAUUCCAAAAUUAAAUAAAGAAGAGAAAUGGUUAUUUAAAGAAAAGAAGAACUUGAUAAACUAGAGGAUAUUGAAUUAUAAAAGGAUUUAGAAAAACUAUAAUUAAAGUUAAAUUAAAGUGAAAAAUUAUCAAAAUAAUAAGCACAAAUUAAAGUAGAAAGAAUUAAAGAAUAAUAUUUUCGAGAAUAAUAAUUAAUUUAAUAAUAAAAAGAAAUUAAUGUUAUUUAAUCUUAAGAGCAUCUUAGUUCAAUGAUUAAUAAAAUGAUUAACAAAGAGUAAGAAUUUAGAGGGUAACUUUAAUCUUAAUUGAUACAAGAUUUAGAAAAAAAAUAAUAAAUAAAAGAAAAAUAAAAAAAAAUUAAAUAGAAUCAAAAUGACCUUUACAAAGAUCAUGAGUAAUUACAUUUAAUAUCCUUAGUAAAAAGUUAAAAUAGCUUAAUGAUAAAUUCAUGAAAAUUGAAGAACAAAAUAAAUUAAGAAGAUAAGAAUUAGAGCAUAAAAUACUUUUAAAAUAGGAACUAAGAAGAUUAAAAGAAUAAGAUAAAUUAGAUAAUUAUGAAAGAUAGAAAAGACAAAAUGAUUAUAAAAUGAUGACUCUUUAUAUGAAAUCAAAAUUUAUUGAUGAAAAAAAUUAACUUAAAUAAUAUUAAAAUGUAAUGAUUGAAAUAUUAUAUUUAAGGAAGUUAUUUAAAAAACAUCUAUGGAAAUAAACAAAUAGGAAAUUUAAGAAAGAUAAAGAAUUUACUCAUAGCUUUAAGAAUUAAGUGAUAAUUUAUUGAAUUAUAAAGUAAGCAUAUUAUUCUAUUUUAAGAGUGUUUCAUAGCAUGAAUCAAGACAAAAAUAAGAUUAAGCAAAAUUUAAAAGUGUUAAGUAUAUUUUUAACUCAUUUAUAGAUUACUUAAAAAAUUUGCUAAAUUAGAGGAUCCUAAUAUUGAAUAACACACAAAAUUACUAUUAAACAUGCUUUAACCUAAACCUGUAGAAAAUAACAAUUCUAGUAUGAAAUAAAGUGUUCAUAAAAAAUGA